GAGAGCAUUCAAUUGUCCGCCAAGAUUGUCGAACUACCCUGCUCGUUGAGUCAAAAGAAUUCGCGAAUUUGGAGUGUGUUUGAAUUAGACGAGGCCCGCCUUCAGGCGGUGGAAAAGGUUGUUCUGCCGGACAAUAUUAACCUUAAAACGACUCUCCUCAGUCUGCCAAGCAAUAGCCUGCCGAUCGGACUUUAUGCAGUCCUCUUCAACGUCACUAUGAUUCUUCCGGUCGGCCAACCUGUCAUCUCGACUGUGAUCACGGCCUACCUUCGUGUGACUCCCAGCAAAUUGAUGAUUCAGUUCACGCCAACGAACCAGGUCCUAAUUACAGUAGGCCUAGUGCAGAAGGAGUUCUGUCUAACCCCGGGCAGCUUCUCAUAUGAUCCAGACCUGAAUAAUAAAAGUGCAGAUCAGGCGAGUAUCCAAGGCUUUAGAAAAGUGCUGUUUAAUUACAUACCAAAAACUUAUAUAUGA